AUGUCGUCGCCAAGCAACAGUGAGCACAAUUCUGUAAGCGAAUACGAAAGCAGCGCCGAUUCCGACGACCGCCCCCUCGGACAACAGAGCAUUCACGACUCCGAUUCCGAACACAGUGAAAACUCCGGUUCGGACCGCCAGGUAUCCGAAUCCAGUUGUAACUCCGAUUCCGACCGCCAAGUUAUCGGUGAAAACUCUCAUUCCAUCCGUCGCCGUGGGAAAAGAAACAGGCACGUAAGCCUAGUUUCCGACGAAUCAUCGCCGGAACAGCGGAGGAGGAAACCUGCCGUCGACCUAUUCACCGCAUUGCCCGACUCUUUACUCCACCACGUUCUCUCCUUCUUACCAAUCGUAGACGCCGUCAAGACCCAGUCGGUUAGAGGAAGAGAAUAUAAUCGAGAAUUGGGGAAGAGCGGGAUUGUAUCAGUGGUAUCAGAGCCACGCUCCUCUGACUGUGGAGAUCGCACAAUGGCGGAUAACACUCGUGCUCAGGAGAUCAAACGAUUGGAUGAAUCAGUUCGGAAAUUGUCAGACACUACUAAUGAAUCCAUCCAGCGUUUUACCGACAUUACGGAUCGACAAGCAGCUUCGAUUGAGGGUUUCAAAGAUACGAUGGAGGGAAUCAAGAAUCUGAUCACCACUUUGAACUCGAAGUAUGAACAGAUCCAAGAAAAGGUAUCCACGUUUUCUUCUUCUCCGUUACUUCCAAACCCUAAUCAAAACCAGGGUUUCGCUCGUAUGUUCCAACCGAAACUUGACUUUCCGAAAUUUUUUGGGGAGGAUCCAGAGUCUUGGAUUUACAAGUGUGAAAAGUAUUUCGAGUUGAAUGUAAUCGAGGAAAAUCAAAAGUUACAUCUAGCUUCCCUACAUAUGGAAGAUAAGGCAAUGCAUUGGUAUAGGUGGUUUGAGAAGUCCCACACUUUGCGCAAUUGGAGAGAAUUUUCUAGGGUUCUUCUUCUUAGGUUUGGGGAUAAUGCCUUUGAAGAUGCUGUGGGUCAAUUGACUAAGCUUAGACAGUGGAGUUCUGUCAAAAUAUACCAAGAAAAGUUUGAGGAAUUGGCAAACAAAACCAAAGGUCUCACAGAAGAAUUCUUCAUUAGUUGUUUUGUUAGUGGUUUAAAGGAAGAGAUCAAAGGGGGAGUCCAAAUGUUCCAGCCCAAAACCAUUUCACAGGCCAUGGGGCUGGCUAGGUUGCAAGAAGAGACCUUGGAAGCCUUGAACAAGAAGAAUAGAGGACCUUUGAGAUUUUUUUUCCUUCUACUGGAGCACCAACCAGAACAUAUGAACCCACAACUAAACCCACAGAAGUAG